GCAGCCUAGCCUAGCUGAUACCAUGAAUGAAGCCUGUGAAAACUCAAGCAAAUGACUCAGCUGAGCCAUAUCCAGACUUCUGAUCCAUUGAAACUUUCUCUAUCAAGAUCAGUGCACAUCAUUGAAAAGAAAAUUUUGAAGACAUGUUUUGCUGAAAAGACAACUGAGAAACAUCUUACGAAUGGGAUGAACACGCACCAGUUAAUUGACUACCUACUACAAUUUGAAUGUUAACAUUACCUGCCUGGUACAGUUACCUAGUGAUGUACCUAUUCUCACAAUACCCUACUUCAGUGUGCUUGUCUUGAUUAAAGAAUUCAAAGUGGAGUACCGCAAACUUGAUAUGGAUAAUAAAAAGAAAGACAAGGACAAAUCAGAUGAUAGAAUGGCACGACCUAGUGGUCGGUCGGGACACAACACUCGAGGACCUGGGUCUUCCUCCUCUGGAGUUUUAAUGGUUGGACCUAACUUUAGAGUUGGAAAAAAAAUUGGAUGUGGCAAUUUUGGAGAAUUACGAUUAGGGAAAAAUUUAUAUACAAAUGAAUAUGUGGCAAUUAAACUGGAACCCAUGAAAUCCAGAGCACCACAGCUACAUUUGGAAUAUAGAUUCUACAAGCAGUUAGGAUCUGGAGAUGGUAUACCUCAAGUUUACUAUUUUGGCCCUUGUGGUAAAUACAACGCUAUGGUGCUGGAACUGCUGGGACCUAGUUUGGAAGAUUUGUUUGAUUUGUGUGAUAGAACAUUUUCUCUUAAAACAGUUCUCAUGAUAGCUAUCCAACUGAUUUCUCGUAUGGAAUAUGUUCAUUCAAAGAACUUGAUAUACAGAGAUGUAAAACCUGAGAACUUCUUAAUAGGACGACCAGGAAAUAAAACCCAGCAAGUUAUUCAUAUUAUAGAUUUUGGUUUGGCGAAGGAAUAUAUUGAUCCAGAGACAAAGAAACACAUACCAUACAGAGAGCACAAAAGCCUUACAGGAACAGCUAGAUAUAUGAGCAUAAAUACACAUUUAGGAAAAGAACAAAGUAGAAGAGAUGACUUAGAAGCUUUAGGUCAUAUGUUCAUGUAUUUUCUUAGAGGCAGUCUUCCUUGGCAAGGUUUAAAGGCUGACACAUUAAAAGAGAGGUAUCAGAAAAUUGGAGAUACAAAACGAGCCACACCCAUAGAAGUGUUAUGUGAAAAUUUUCCAGAAGAAAUGGCAACAUAUCUUCGUUAUGUAAGAAGGCUAGAUUUUUUUGAAAAACCAGACUAUGACUACCUAAGAAAGCUUUUUACUGACUUGUUUGAUCGAAAGGGAUAUCUGUUUGAUUAUGAAUAUGACUGGAUGGGUAAACAGUUGCCUACUCCAGUGGGGGCAGUUCAGCAAGAUCCUGCUCUAUCAUCAAACAGAGAAGCACAUCAACACAGAGAUAAGAUGCAACAAUCCAAAAACCAGUCGGCAGACCACAGGGCAGCUUGGGACUCCCAGCAGGCAAAUCCCCACCAUUUGAGAGCUCACCUUGCAGCAGACAGACAUGGUGGCUCGGUACAGGUUGUAAGUUCUACAAAUGGAGAGUUAAACACAGAUGACCCUACUGCAGGACGUUCAAAUGCACCCAUCACAGCCCCUACGGAAGUAGAAGUGAUGGAUGAAACCAACUGCCAGAAAGUGUUGAACAUGUGGUGCUGCUGUUUUUUCAAACGAAGGAAAAGGAAAACCAUACAGCGCCACAAGUGACUCUGGAGACAGGCAGAUCAUGGGGAGUUACUUGCGUGUUCAUCUUCUGUCUUGUGAUGAAAAUCAUCUCUGUAGUGACCACAUAUGUUUUCAAGGACUCACUCUUAGAAACAAAAAUGUCAUACUUUCAUACUUCAUUGUGUGGUUGUCUUACAUUCACAUUUUUUUUCUAAUUUAACUAUUAUGGAAGCUUUAACGUUUUGUCAAAACAUGAGUGCUUUGCCCAUCAGUGAAUGGAAUGGACCAAUGAGGUAGGACUGGUUAAAACAGUCCUAGAGAACAUUUUCAGAAGCUCUCCUCCUGCCACGGAAAGCAGUACAGUAUCUUAAAUGUCAACCAGUUAUAUACCUGAUCUGGUCUUUUAUAACUCCUGUAAGAGCAUAAUCAAACAGGAAUUUUCUCCCCAGUGGUAACACAACAAAGGAAACAGAGUUGCCCAAAUAUUUGAAGAAGGUAAUUCUUGAGAAGUUCAUUUUUGGUGUGACAUCUGCAUUGAUAUCAGUAUUACUGAUGGUACUGCUAUUUGUGAGUCAUACUAAAAUUCUCUCUGAAAUCAUGGUACAGUCACUGCCCAGAGGUACUGAGGAAAAAGCUCUAUGUGUUUGGCAGAUGGUAGUGGUAAAAUGAAUAACAAGUAAUGUGGUAAUUAUGAGUUCUGCUUUUU